AUGACACCUUACGAGGCACUUUAUGGUCAUAAGUGUCACACCCCUUUAUGCUGGACUGAGUUGGGUGAGCGACGUGUUCUGGGUCUUGAGUUGGUUUUUGAGACAGAGGAUAAGGUCUCGCCAUGGAAGAAGAUUCUGAUGUUUGGUUGUAAGGGCAAGCUGAGCCCUAGAUUUAUUGGGUCGUACCGUAUUCUGAAACGAGUAGGACCGGUUUCUUAUCAAUUGGAACUACCUCCAGAGUUAGACCAGAAGAUUGAGGUUCGACCAGAUCUGACCUUCGAGGAGGAGUCGAUUCAGGAUUUGAAUCGAGACGUUAAAGUUAUGAGGAGGAAACCCAUUCCUUUAGUAAAGGUGCUGUGGCGGAAUCAUAGCACUGAGGGGGUUACAUGGGAGCUUGAAGAUGCAAUGUGCUAG